GGAACUAUCGGGAACGAUCGGGAACUAUCGUGAUGUGUGCGCACUCCCAUUAAACGUAAUGUUUCUCGGCGACGUGCCGAACUAUCGGCAAACUAAAAAUUGCAUGUGUGCGCUAGGUCGUAGACGAAUGCAUCGAGUGUUACUGCGUAUCAGGUACAGAUAAUUGUCUUGAUGUGCAGGAAACGUAAGGAAUCAUGUGUUGCAUUCUCUUGUAUUGGUAUUCCACAGCAGGAGUGUGGAGUGUGAUGGCUGCCAAGAUGCCUGAACUAAGCUAUUCUUGUGAGAUAUGUGGUGUGGAGGGACUGAAUGAUGAGGAGAUGCGUUCACAUAUGGUGGUUUACCAUCUAGAGGGUGCUGCUUCAUGCCCAUUUUGUGAUUUGGGUGAAGUCUCGGCAGAAGAGAUGUUGAUGCAUGUCAACAGUGCUCAUUUAGAUUAUUUAACUCCUGAACAAGAACUUCUGGCAUUCAUUGACGAUGACGAUGAUGAAGACAGUAGUGAACGGGACAUGGCUCGACCUUCUCCAUGGUCACUCUCACCUGAAGCCAGAGAGAAUGGUUGGAUAAAUAAUAUCAAUAAUAAUAACAAUAAUUAUUGUGGGGGUGGUAGUGCUGCAGGUGGUAGUAGUAGUAGUAGCAGUGGAAGCGUGCUAAUGGGCACAGCUAAUGGUGUAGCAAGUGCAGGUUCUGGCUCCCCUCUUCGCUCACAGUUGGCACUGAAUCUCCGGACUAGUGCCAUACCCAGCCCAGCCAAGAAAGCUACACCUCAACAGUGCCCCAUGUGUUCAUACAGUAGCGAUUCUCCUCUGCAGUUAGAAGAACAUAUAAAUAGACAACAUUUUGAUCUGACCAGUCCAUCAUUCCCUGCAUCGCCACCAGGAUUACAAGAGACAGUGUACAAUUGCCCGCUCUGUAUUCGUACCUUCCAGAACAGUCCAGAUUUAGAAUUGCAUGUAAAUAUUGAGCAUAAGGAUAUCCUCAGUCCUGCCAAGCCUAGUCAUAUUUCUGCGAGUGUGGAGAACUGGAGUGACAAUUGUCCAGUGUGUUGCAUGACCAACUUCAAGAGUAAUCAGGAAAUGGUUGCACACAUAGAAGAACACUUUAAUCAGAAAGGUGUAUCUCCAAUUACUCCAGAUAUGUCAUGUGAUCGUAUGCUUGCACGGGAAAUAGAAAAGCGAGAGAAGGAGGUUCGGAGAUUGCGAGAACAGCGGGAGUUUGAAAUGCUGAGGGCACAGUAUGGAAUGGACAAUCAGGGAAACUUCAGGGAACAAAGCCUCACAAACAUGCAGAAGGCUGUGUAUGCUGGUGAAAUGACGGUGGCUGAUUAUUAUGAGCGGCAAAUUGAAUUGCGGGCUGCAGAGAGCAAUGGUGUUGAUGAUGGUAGCUCCUGCACCAAAGGUCUUGUUCCUAAAAUUCGUGGUAUCAGUGGCAGCUCACCAAAUGUUGUGAGAACUCUUAUGUGUACCACAGUUGACCAUUAUGCUUCAACUUAUGGAGACAAGGGCUGGGGUUGUGGAUACAGAAAUAUGCAGAUGAUGCUAUCAUCAUUGCUGCACCACACUGGGUACAAUGAGCAGCUGUACAAACCGUCAUUAGUUGGUGGUGGACUGUAUGGGAUGAGCGGUGGGCGUACUUGUGGGUUGGAGAUGCCCAGUCGUAGUGCCAUGCCAUCUAUUUCCCGUCUCCAGCAGCAUGUUGAAUGGGCAUGGGGACAGGGAUUUGACCUUCAAGGUAGUGAUCAGCUGGGUGGGAAGCUCUUCAAUACUCGGAAGUGGAUUGGAGCUACUGAAGUUGUCACUGUUCUUUCAUCACUUAGAAUUAGAUGUCAGUUGGUAGAUUUUCAUAGACCUACAAGUCCUGAUGGAAGCCAUCCAGAGCUAUUUAAUUGGGUACUAGAGUACUUCCAGAAGAAUGAUGAUUUCAAACCACCAUUGUAUUUGCAGCACCAAGGUCACAGUCGUACUAUUGUGGGUGUAGAGCAAUUGAAGGAUGGUGGCCAGUGCUUGUUAGUUUUUGACCCUAGUCACUCCCCACGUCAGAUGGCUCAGUUCAGAAACACUUCAACAGCAGUGGCAGGAAUGCGACUGAUUCGCAAGUCAUUGGCAGCUAUGAAAGCUCGACAGUAUCAAGUUGUUGCUGUCUGUGGUAUUAUGGAUACAGAAUAUGAAUAUCAGCAAAGCAAAGUUCUGCGUUCAGUUAGAGUUCCACAAGACCGAUGAUGAUAGCAGAGUAUAUAUAGUUUCAGGGGAACAUAAUGGCUCCAACUUCAAGGUUGAAGAGUAAGCCAAUCAAGAAACCAACAUGAAGCAGGCAGCAAGUUGUGGCAGGUCACCUGUUUCUUGGUGGUUUUAAAGUAACUAUUUUGAAAGAAUCUAAGGCCAUGUCCUGGUAACUACAAUGCGCUCAACCAUUGAGGAAACCUGGCAAUGUGGCUGAGCAGGCACAACAUUCCUCACAGAUUGCUGCUGUAACUGCCGAUAGCAGAAUGAGUCAUUAGCACCAAUAAACGCACGCCAUCAGGUGGUUUAAUCUUGUCACUGCAGUAAGUCACAUUAGUCAGUCUUUGUUAGAGGGGUUGAUAGGUGGUUGAUAUUUAUACUGAAAUGAAGUUCACUAUUGAACAGUGUGUUUAUUGUCAGAACUUUUAUAAGGUACGCUUUUAUUAGUCUGUUCUGUCUCAGAAACACCCUUCUUCAAUCAUAUUCUUGGUCAUCCAACACUUCCUUGUCCAUCUGCUUGGUAAUUCUUAGCUUUUUGGGUUUAUCUUGGAGAGUCCAUUCUUAAGAUGUGGUUAUGCCCCUUGUUUUUGUAGUCUUGGAUUCUUCUAAAGCAUUAUUUGUAAUGCACUGCACACUGUCAUGUUGCAUACAUGGCCUGCAAGUGCACAUCCCGAAACACCUUAAAAAGUGCCCACACAUGAGCAUAGGAGCUAUUGUUACCUUAUAAGAUUUAUGCAUAGAAACAGUAAAACAAAUUCUGAAUGUUUUCUCCUGAUUCUGAACCCUCUAUCACCUUCUGAUGUUGCUAUGACUAAUGCUUCAUGUGGGGUUGGACAAGAGGUCAUCUUAUCCUGCUUCUUUUCAGGUGGACUUAAAAUAGUUCUGGUGUUUUUAUAGAUACCUAGAACAAUUUCAAUGAAUCCUACCACUCUUCUCCCCCUUCCUGCUCCCACUGGUUGCUAACCGACCACUGUUAUUAACAUAGUGGCAAGCCUUUUACCCUUGUGUAUCUAGCAUAUCUGCGGGGACAACUGAAUAUACUGUGGCAUGUAAAUCUGUUGCUAGACGACCGCAAAAUAAGCAACCAUAAAACAGCAACAGCCAUUACACACAAGCAUGUUUCCAUGGCAAGAAAAUACAGCAAUAAUAGAAGUGAUGUUUUCUGCGCUGUAGACAACUGCUGCAGUUUAGUCGUUCUGGGCUACUGCUGUUAAAAGCCGGUAGCUGAGGCUGACGACAGUUCAGUAAUGUAAAGGAAGAGAAACGUCCACUGUUGGAAGCUGCUACCAAGCAACGGCAGUGAAGAUGUGACUGUGGAUACUAGUGUGUGUGUAAUAGUGACCUGUAAGGUGUAGUAACGCACUAUAUAAAAGAGUCCAAUCCAGUCAUCAAUCCAAAACCCAUCUAUAGUCACACUGCAUACAUGCAAAAAUAUUAAUUUCCAAUUUUCUUUGAACGUUUGAAUUUGCACAUCUGUUCAAAGAAUGUAUGUUGAAAAGGCAGAUUUUUUUCCCCCCAAGCAGUAUCAGGAAUAAUGCAAAGAGUAGCAAAACCUGUAAUAUUAAUAUUUUCAAAAAUCUGGUCUGCAAGGUGUCAGUGCUUGAAAUCUGUGAAGGUGGAAGGGAUAGAAAUAAUAAAGGUUGAUGAAAAUUCAGAGUGCCUAUUUUAGGAUAAUAUAUGCUAAUCAUAAAAAAGUAUACAUUCUUUCAUGUCCCCUUUCCUACAGUUUGAAAGUCAAAGAGUUUCACCAACCAUUCCACUAUAUUUUUAGUUCAAAAAUUUUGAAAAAGUAUUCUGCUUUCUCUCUGCACCUGCUUGAAGUACUAAUUGUAACCAUUAGGACCCGUCCAUGUGAGUGUGUGUCUGCUUUCAUACAAAUGCUGCAUGACAAACUUCCCAGAAGCAGCAUGCCUUCAGCCAUACAUGAUUGAUAUAAUGACUGAGUAAUUACAACAUAUAUUAUUCAAUUCUCAUAUAAUUAAGGGUUUUAAGUGUUCCCUUAUCCUUGUACAUUUGUAAUGUCAUUCUUAACAAAGCAGCUCGCAUACAUAGACUAAAAUCUAUGCAUGAGUACUGUACAGAUUUAAGCUACUCAGAAAUUUUUAAAAAUCACAAUGGGAGAGGGGCUUGAAUACUUACAUGUUGGAUCACUAGUUUCAGCUGUACCACGUUAUACUGAAAGUUUUCUCAUUACCAGAAAAUUCUUUUGAAAAUUGGAAAUAGUUGAUUUAUAGCACUGAUGAUGUAUUUUGUCAGAGGGAUCAAUUGUGUACUUCCAUAGUGAUUUACAGAAGAAUAUCUUCGUUGACCUCUGUGUAACUAUUGCACCAGUAGUUCUACAAAUAUAUAUAUAUAUAUAUAUACGUCGACAAGUCAAAUGAAAACCUUAAAUAUUUCUUUGAGUAUUAUUUAUUGUGCACAAGUGGUACAAAGCUGUAUCACUUUUCAACAUAAUCUCCCCCACACUCAAUGCAAGUCCCCCAGCACUUACAAAGUGCAUGAAUUCCUUUAGAAAAAAUUCUUUUGGUAGUCUGUGCAACCACUCAUGCACUG